GUGCUAGCUCGCUGCUCUUCCACGGGAAAGCUCCUUCGCCAUUGGUUGGCAGGCAACAUUUGAAGCGCGCCCAUUGGCUAGCGCGCAGCUCACACCCCUGCAGGAGCGUCCGCGAGGAAAGAAGUCUUCUUCACAAGUUCUGUAACGAGAUCGGAGCUGAGAGAAGAGCAAGGAUGAUCCAAGAGGAGUUGGUUUGCUAGGGCGGAAUGCAUCAUUUUUAGCUAUUGCAGCAGCCGCUCGCUCUACGUACAACUUUCAGUUAAAGGCGCCAAACGCUGCUCUGUGGGAGGCAAAAGAAAAAAACGGAGACCUUGAAGUGCUCUUUAAGCAUCCUGAAAUUUGCAGGGAAUGAAUUUGUAAUGCCUGCAGGAUGUGAAAUUCUGGUGUCCCUCUGUCUUCUGCCCCACAGCUUGAAGCAGCAAUCCAGUUCAUCUCCUUUGCCCCUAUGAGAAUCUUGGACUCUUUUCCUCAGAAGCCCAGAAUGGCAGUGGAUGUAGCCAUGCAACUCUACCUGCGGGCACCCUCUUUGCGGAAAGAGAGCUUUGCCUACAAAAUAGCCCCAAAGAUCAAGAAACCUUUGCGACCCUGCAUCCAUGUCAACAGCAGCCCUGUGUUGAAUGAGCUGGGGGCAGAGGUCCAAGCUCUGCAGAGGAACAGGGUGAAGAAAAGGGUUUCUUUUGCGGACAGCAGGGGCUUGGCUCUGACAAUGGUGAAAGUGUUCUCAGAAUUUGAUGACUCCUUGGAUAUUCCCUUGAAUAUCACAGAACUGAUAGACAAUAUUGUGAGCCUGACCACAGUGGAUCACGAUGACUUCGUCUUGGAUUUUGUACAGCCUUCUGCAGAUUACUUGGACUUCCGGAAUCGCCUGCAGGCAGACUGCGUUUGUCUUGAGAACUGCAUGUUGAAAGAUAAAGCUAUUGUGGGUACUGUGAAAGUCAGAAAUCUGGCAUUUGAGAAGGCCGUCAAGAUUCGGAUGACCUUUGAUACUUGGAAAACCUUCACGGAUUACCCAUGCCAAUACGUGAAGGACACCUAUGCCAGUUCCGAUAAGGAUACGUUCUCCUUUGAUAUUAGCUUGCCAGAGCGGUUUCAAGCCCAUGAAAGAAUCGAGUUUGCAGUGUGUUAUGAAUGUGAUGGCAAAGUCUACUGGGAUAGCAACAAGGGGUUGAAUUACAGGAUCAUCCGCUCUGAACUCAAAUCGGCUCGGGAGAUUUCACAACCUUGUAGUGAGCCAGAUUUUGGGAUUGCUUUUGAUCAAUUUGGAAGCCCCCGGUGUUCUUAUGGUUUAUUUCCUGAAUGGCCUAGCUAUUCCGGAUAUGAAAAACUUGGCCCUUAUUAUUAAAUCAGACACUUUGGAUUAUAUUUACUGCACAGGAACGAAGAGACAGAGAGAGAAAACCCUCUUGGGGAGAUGGUUGCAGAGUCAGAGUGGGCAAAAGAACUGAAGGUGUACUUACAGAAUAGAAACAAAGAGACACGAGAAAACUCCUGGCUGAAAGGUUUUUAAGGCAGACGCUCUCUUCAUUUUCCUUUGAAUUUAAACAAAAGGAGAUGGUCUCCUGUGAUAUGGAUGCCACAGAUCGAAUUUAGUACUUGGUGCUGUAGUUUGGGCAAUUUGGUUUAUGUGCGUCCUUUGAGAUACAUUACAGUAUUGUCAGCUGUGCAGAACAGAUUUCCCUCCCCCCUUUGUUAGUUUUCUGUACUCUCAAAUCAAACUUGCUAUGCACUUCUCUGACAAAGCCAACUUUCUGAGAAGAAACAAGUUGCAGGGAUGAGCUAAGCGGUGUUCCCCUCCUCUCUUAAUCAGAUUGUACAAUCUGUGAGAGGCUAAGAGUCCCAAAUGGAAAAGACUAUAAUUUUAGUUCAGAUGAUCCUUUGCUUCUUUCCAUUUUAGGAAUUGCCUUGUUUAUGGGAAGAUUCCAAAAUGCUUACUCACCAUUCUGCCUGUAUUUCUUUUCCUAAACCCAUAUGUACAUUUUCUUUCAGUGGCUGAGUCAGACAAGCGCUAUGUAGCCUAGUCACACAAUCCAUCCUUAACCAACCUGGUGCCCUCAGGAUGUACUAGACUUAAGUUCCUAUGAUCUCCAGGCAGGACAGUCAGUGGCCUGGAGAAGGUCGAUGUAGCAUUUUAGCUCCCAUAAUAAGUAAUAAUUUUAUGUAAAUGAUUUUACUUAUCUCUCUCCUCCCUCCUUUAUUAAGUGGUGGUGGACUGUUAAGAAUAAAAUUGUUUUUAAGUCUUAACUCGUCAUGACACCAUCUUAUUUAAAUAUAAUUUUGUUUGGGGCCUGCUGGGCUUAGUCAUCUGGGUGAAGAACAUUUUAAAAUUCCAUUUUGUUUUAUGAAUUUUAUAAAAUGUCUAUAAAUUGAAUGUUACUGACAUAAAUAAGAUAUCGUAGUCAAAUAAAGGAUACCCACUGAAUCCAGUUUUCUGUUGCCCUCAAUGCUUAUGCUCAAUAAUAGGAGCAUUUUAACUCAGUGGUAGAACAGAUGUUUUGAAUUCAGACACAAGAAUGUUUGGUCUCUCCAGAGAUGUUAAUAUUCUGUGUCAGAUCUUUUCCCAGCAGGCUGGAUUAGACCAAUUAAUAAAUCAGUUUUUAUUACAGCGUAAAGAAAGUGGGCUACAGUCAAUUAAAAAGCAUAGAAAACACAUCAAAAUCUAAAAAAUAAUUAUGAUAAGAAGCUGAAAGACAAAGCAGAAAGUCUGUGCAUAAAAAACAAGCUUAAUGGGGAACUGAAAGAAGGUAUAGAAACAUUAGAUGGGUGUAGGGGAGCAUAGAGAUUAGAUCAGUACAGAGCACUCUAGAAUGGUGAACUAGAUGUUCAUUAAGGCUGCUUUAGGCAGAGGUCAUCACCUGUUGGAUUUUAAGUGCUGGCAACAAAUAUUCUAGCAGGGUUAAUAUCUGAAAGCAGCAGGAAGGUGUAGAAUUGUCCUGAACAUAUGGGCAUUUAUGCAAUGAUGGCAAGAGGAGCCUAGUGCAGGGGUAGGCAACCUUGGCUCUUUUAUGACUCUGGACUUCAACUCCC